AUGUCACAACCAUGGUCUCGUAAGGACAGUGACUACUCUACACUUCCCACUACACCUCCAACACCCGGCCUCAACGAAGAUGACAACCGACAAAAUACACGUAGGCCUUCGCAGGUUGCCGAGCUCCUAGAAAAGACCAUUGCCAGACUCAAGCGCAUCUUUGGCAGUCGCAGGGGGUCCGCUGAUGAUGACAACGUGCCAAGCAAUCCAUACAACACACAGCGCUCAAGCAUAUCUCAGGGCUCUGAAACGCAGGAGGAACAGGCUUGGAAGGGCACAGCCCAUCUACCGCAUGUAAGCAUGUUCUUUGAUGCCAACGGCGAAGAAGGUCCUAGUCUCUUCUACACCACGGCUGACUGGAUUGCCUUCCAGACUGCACUCCAGGCACGCAGAACGUCGAUCCAAACGCGGCUGCACAACGAGCUGCAAUACGAUGGGGAUACGGAUCAGGACGAGCUGCAUCAGAGUGCCAAGCACAAGCGCAAAGACUCGCAGUUUAGCUUUGGGGGCUUUCUCAAGACGGGGUACUUCAACAAGAUUGACAAGGGAAAGGGGAGGAUGGUGUAUAAUGAUGCAGCUCCGGCUUCAACAAGAGAGUCGCUUCUUGUGAGUCCUUCAACUGCAUUAGCGGUGCCGUUUGGCGAUAUUGGUAUCCUUCCUCAUGCUUCCACGGAUGACAACUCACUGCUUGCAUCUUCUGAUGUGCCAAGGGCGGAAUUCUCAAACCCCAGAGCUGGCCAUUGUUCACCCGUACUCUCUGGAUCGCAGAAAGCACCAGAGGAGAUACCUCCCGUCACCCGACUACUAAGCAUCCGCAUGGUCACACCCGGACCAUCAUACGAAGAUCUAACAGCUCGUGCGGAUUCAAAUUUAGCUCGCGCAGAUUCAAAUUCAACCCGCUCCUCCCUAUCAUCCUCCAGCACCGACUUCAUCGCAGUAGGAAACCGCCACUUCCAAACCGUCCGCCGCCUCUCCCAAUCCUCCACCAUGGUCGAGGGGAGUCCCGAAGAACCCUCACCCUCACCGUUACCCUCACCCCGCCGCCACCCCCUCACACACGAAGAUUCCAUCACAACCACAUCCAGCGAAUCUUUCCUAACCAGUCUCCGCCACGGCGACCGUCCGGACACAGCACCGUCUUCAACCCAGAUCCUCCGCCCCACAUCCAUCCCCUCGCUCGACGCCAUGCAAACACUCACCCUCGGACCCCCCUCCCACGCCAUCGUCCUCUCCACAUCGUCCUCCCACUCCAGCGAACGCAUGUUCCGCCUCUCAACUGAACACGUCGCCGUCGUCGCGCCCACUCGCCCCGCCCCACCAAUCGGUCCCUCGAGUCUCGCUCGCAGCACGUUGGUUGGCGAUAAUGGGGAGGACGAAAUAGAUUUUUCUAUUACGCAUGCUGCACCGCCUAGUCCGCUGCCCGAUACCGCUAUUCACCCUGUCCGCAGGCGCGAGGGCGGGCGCAAAGGAAAUGAGAAUCUUAGGGAGGCGUAUGUGGAGCAGGGGGUGGGUUGUCGGAGGGAGAUGAGUGAGAGGGCGGCGUUGAUUGGGGUGAGGAGGGGAAGGUUGAGCCCGAAGAAGAGUUUACAGGAUCAGUGUUGGUGGGGGGAGGGUGAGGGCGAGGGUGAGGGGGGUGUGGGGGUGCCGGAGAGGGAGUGUUUGUGA